GGCUGGGGCCUGGGGAGAUGGGUAAAGCUGCGGAGAAAUUGGCGUGAGCCAGGUUGAGUCAAAGGGGCGCAAGUAUGUUGUUUUGAACUGGGAAAAAGGCAACAGACCGCCGGGGGUUUGCUAGCUUCGGAUUUUGUUGCUUUUGGUUAGAUAUUAGUAGUAUUAAUUUAGAAAAAAUAAAAAAUAAAAAAAAAAGUUAGAGUCACACACAAACAGAGACCAGCCACCGGCGUCAAAAAAGGAAAGAGAAUCCAGAAUUGGAAGAUUCGUUGGCGGGCAGAAAAACCCCAUUCCCAGUCCCAGGUGUAAGUGUAACUGCCAUUCCUGCCGUGCCAUGAACGAUACUUUCUAUGGUAGUCGGAUAAGAAGAGGCUGCUCUGUAUCUGUAUUUAUUGUUUUCCAUUCCCCGCAUUGUCUCUUUAUAACUCGAAGCCCUAACGCUUGCUCUACUCCUCUCCUCCGCUUCUUCGCUGCAUUUCUCUCGUCUCCCCUGCAGACUGCAGAAUCUGUAUGAGCAAGAUGGAAGAUACCGAAAUGUUGGAACAACAAUUACCAGAGGCAUCCAAAGUAAACCUUGUUGAUUCUGGCGUCCAACAGCAACAGUCCUCGCUCGCCACUGAGGAUCAAGAUACCACUGAAACUAGGCAUUCACCUCAUUCUGGGACAGCUGAUGAUAAGGCUCUAACCUUGCCCACUGAUGUUAAUAUGAGUGAUAAUCCAGCUUUGCCCGAUAAACCUGAUAAAAAAACUUCCAAUGAUGCUAAUACAAAUGCUCGCGAUGCUGCUUCUGUUGAACGACUAGAGAAGAAAAGCAGUGGAGAUGCUGCUCCCCUUCCUUGUGCAGAAUUUCUUACACCUAAAUCUCAACAUGGAAGUGUGAAAAAAUCAAAGAACUGGUUGCUGGAUCCUGAGAUGGGGGAGGCUGAUGAAGCUGGAACUCAGGAGGAGCGAGCAGCAUUCAUGAAGGAGCUGGAAAGUUUCUACAAGGACAGGUCUUUGGAAUUCAAGCCCCCUAAGUUUUAUGGAGAGCCACUAAAUUGCCUAAAGUUGUGGAGAGCUGUUAUUAGAUUGGGUGGCUAUGAAGUGGUGACUGCAUCUAAGUUAUGGCGGCAAGUGGGAGAGUCUUUUCACCCCCCAAAGACCUGCACAACUGUCUCUUGGACAUUCCGCAUUUUUUAUGAGAAGGCACUAUUAGAAUAUGAAAAAUAUAAGAGGGAGAAUGGUGAGAUACAACUUCCUGCUUCUUCCCUCCCUCAUACAGUUGGGGAAAAGGAGUCAAGUGGCUACCAAGCCUCAGGGUCAGGUAGGGCACGCAGGGAUGCUGCAGCUCGUGCCAUGCAGGGUUGGCAUGCUCAACGUUCUGUUGGAUAUGGUGAGAUUACCGAGCCCAUUAUUAAGGAUAAGAGCUUAAGUUCUACUCCAAAGCAAAAACAUCUCAAAACAAUUGGUUUGCAGAAGCAGAAGACACCAAUAAGCACGGAGCCUGCCGAGAAAUCUGCACAUGAACCAAAUAAGCAACUGGUCACUGAAGUUGUUGAUGUUGGAGCCCCUGCUGAUUGGGUGAAGAUCAAUGUGCGCGAAACUAAGGAUUGCUUUGAGGUAUAUGCUCUGGUCCCCGGGCUCCUGCGUGAGGAGGUGCGAGUUCAAUCAGAUCCUGCUGGACGUUUGGUUAUAACAGGUCAACCAGAGCAAGUUGACAAUCCUUGGGGUAUCACGCCCUUUAAGAAGGUUGUGACCUUGCCUGCAAGAAUUGAUCCACUUCAAACAUCUGCUGUUGUUAGCUUGCAUGGUCGACUCUUUGUUCGCGUUCCAUUUGAGCACUGAUGGCUUUGAACCUUGUCUUGUUUAGAUUAGUUGGCUCAAAUCAAUUUUAGUGUAGGCACUAAAAUCGUGUAGGACAAGCGUAAUUGGAAGUAAACAUGGUACUGUUGAACUAGUUGCACAUUUUGGUUCUUGGCUUAUUGUUGGUCCUAUCGAACUAGUUCAAAAACAAUGGAUGAAGGAAAGUUAAUUUUAUGUGCAUUUCUAAAAUCUCAUCAGAUUGUCAAGCCAAGUGUGGAGAUGUGGUAAAUUCUAGAUUUAAACCUCACCAUUAACUUUUCUGGA